UGACCAUGAAGCGCCUUUCAACACAAACUCACUGCCUUGACAACUUCCUUCACAAUAGCUCUGCUCCACUAAGCGCAAGAAGUAUGAAAGCCCUGACGUCUUUUUGGCUGUAUCACAGUAAAUUAUGUACGGCAACUUCAGACGUCGGAUUCGUCAUGCAGAGCCCUACAAAAUUUAGGAGCUGCACAUCGCGAUGCAGUACAGAGCACAAUUUGGCCUCUGCAUGCCUCUGGAAGCUUCGCAAUUGCGUCACACCCUCCAAAUGGAGUCUCCGGGCACAUUUACAGAUCAAGCAUACAUGUGCUCUUAAUCCUUCUGUAGGGCCCAUUGCGACCAGCACUAGCAGGUCAAUGUACGACUAAAAUGAACGAGUCACUCAGAAAAAUGACUCAUGACUCUCGGGUCAGUAAAAAGAGUUGUUCAAAGCGAACGAAUCGUUUGCGAAUUGUACAUCACUACACACCGCACUCUGAGAUUGAUUGCCCACAAGAGCGCACACACGGCAUCAAAGUUAGGAAACGCAAGCCCACCCACUGGAACCAAUUUCGGCUACUGAACGCUUACUGGUGAUAUUACUGCUUCCACUAUACUUUAUCAGGCGUGAAUUAAAGUCGAGGCUAACCUUACACCUGCGUAAUAUUUUUGGGAGACAAAGUAACCUUUUGAUGGAGUUUAUGGAAGAUGCAAUCGUUUGUUCUCCUCGCUUCUCUAUGUGGAUGCGUCCUCUGCUCAGGCUGGCCUUUUCAGAUGCAGUGUUACCACUGUGAAGAGACUCUGUUGGACAAUGACUGUUCAGCUCCAAAGUUCAUUGUCAACUGCACAGCAAACAUCCAGAAUGCCUGUCAGAAGGAGGUGAUUGUGGGUGAAAAUGGUGUGUCCUACAGGAAGACCUGUGCCUCUUUCUCCACCUGUCUGAUCGUAUCAGCAGGGUAUCAGUCCUUCUGCGUCCCGGGUCGGGUGGGCUCUGUCUGCAUCAGCUGCUGUAACACCCCCCUCUGCAACGGACCCCGCCCCCCCAGGAUUUCCCUGGCUCCCACCCAUCCUCCCACCAGACCCACUACCCUCCUCAUCAUCACUGUUGCCAUGGGAACACUUCCCUGAUGUGGACACUAGUAUUGGCUGGAUUGGACAGAAGGUUCUCAGGUGUGGAGGUGCCUUGCGUUGGAGCCAACAGACACUGCCCUGAGAGAUGACUGGAAAAAACUGUCUACAAUCUACCAACAGGGCUGACUGACACAUAUGGCUCCAUUGACCAAAAAGAGUGACAAAAACAUGAGAAAUUAGAGAGAG